AUGCCCAAGGUCGGUGUCCAAUGGGACAUGUCGCUCGCGCAGCACAGCCUACCGGACGGAUUCUGCCACGUGGUGGCCAGCAACUCGCGCCGAUACGCUGUGAGCCGGCAGGCGGACGCGAUCUGGGGGCCUAUUGAGGUGGCGGACGGGGCGGGGGGGAUGAUGCUGCCUUUUUUCAUGGAGUUCUUCUUUGCGCACACAACCACAACUCGUCUCGCUUGCAGCAUUCAGUACCAGGCAGAUGGAGCCCUCAGAACCUCACCUGUUUCGUCCCAUCCCAUCCGCACUCUGUUUCCCCCUGUGCGCCCCUCACCCAACCCCCCUUCACCUCUAUCCAGCAACCACGACCCGUCUAGCCUGCAGCAUUCAGUACCAGGCAGAUGGAGCCCUCAGAACCUCAGUCGCGGUAGAAGAGACACUAGACAACAACGAACACCGCCCGGAAGACUGGGGCUGCCCGACCACCUGCCGCCCGUUCCGGCACUAAACGACAAGACUGUGGUGGGAACCUGCACUGUUCUGACCCGCAACCUGCUGGUUCAGGAGCGAGAAAACGUGUCCUGGGCAGAGGAAUGGAACCCGAACGGCACUACCGCUGCUGCUGCCGACACAGCAGCGGCGGCGGCAGCAGGGUUCAUGGGGCGGGUGCCUCAAGGAGACGAGGAGCGGUAUGUGGUGGUUUCUCUGCCCCAGCAGGUGGUGAUGUGCGCCCCUCGCUCGCUGCAGCUGGUGGCAGGGAGGCCAUUCGUGCUCUCUGUGUCGUGGGUGGUGGGCGCUGGGCUGGUGGGAGAGGGCGAGGUGAAGCGGAUCACUGCCUCCUGGGGGGCUGACGGGGGCUAUGAGAAAGUGGAGGGGGAGUGGUACAGGAGACAGGCGUGA